AUGUGGAAGCUGUCAGGAGGGGCGAGUGUGCACUUUGUCGCCAGUCCCUCCGACGAGAGCCGGGCUUGGACGAGGUGCUUCGCGUACGGGAACCCGGUGCGGUGCAGCCGGGUGAGCGUGAGGAGAGGCUGGCAUUGGUUGCGCUCGUUGUGCGAAGAGCAUAGCAGCUUUGAGGAGCGACAGCGAUGGGGGAGAUUCGGGUCUAAGCUGUUCCAUGUCGUCCGAAAGCUCCGGGACAUCGCUCGCGAGGCUGGGGGAACUGCACUGCUGGGGCCAAGCCUCUUCGAGCUGAAAGGAUCCCACUGCUCGCGCCAUUGUGUUCGUGCAGUGGGCCAGUCUUCGGCGGAAGCUGGCAGCUGCCUUUGCGGAGUUCAAGGUGUCCUACGUUUGCCUGGAGGCCAGCCGGACAUGCGAAGCAAGGAGCGGUUCGAUGCCUCCAACAACCCAGUGGUGAACAGCUUCUGGGAACGAGAUGACGUGGUCACCAGCUUCCAGGGAGCUCCACUUGACUCCACAGAGGGCCCGAAGGUGCUGCUGCUCUCCUUGCAAGAUGCGGCCUCUGGAACCAACCUCACCAGAGCGAACCACGUGCUGUUUGUUCACCCCAUGUUCGCAUCCUCGCAACGAUUGGCUGUGGCCUACGAGACGCAGGCCUUGGGCCGCUGCCUCCGCGUAGGGCAGACAAAGCCUGUUUAUCUUUGGCGUUUCGUGACGCUCGGGACCGUAGAGGAGGAGCUCUCCUACAGGCAGGCCUCUUGUGUCCUGGGGCCCAUCAAGCUCGAGCAGUGCGCUCGGUGGAGGAACCCGGCUCUCAGCGACGAAGACGUUGACCUUGAUGACUUGUUCUGGGGACAUGAGCUGUCCAUGUGGCCCGAGAUCAUGAAGAACCCUCUGUCCUGCAAUCCACGCAGAAAGGCCUUGAUCAUUGGCAUCAACUACACAGGCUCCCAUGCGCAGCUGAAGGGCGCCGUGAAUGACGCUUGGAACCUUCAGUCAGUCCUCAGGCAGUCGCUAUUGUUUGAGGAGGAUCAGCUUCGACUGCUUGUUGACAGUGAUGGAGAACCGAGCAAGCUCUCACAGGUGCCUUCGCGGGACAACAUUCUGUCGGGCUUUCAGUGGUUGAUGGAUGGGGCACAGCCUGGAGACAGCUUAGUUUUGGCUUUCUGUGGGUAUGGCACUCAACAUCCCAAGGAUGCCGAGGGCAAAGACUGUGAGGCGUUCCUGGUGCCUUCUGACUACGCUGCUGACCUGCCAAAUGAAUGGUGGUCACAGGCAAGGGGACCAUCCGCCGCGUCGUCGCAUGGUCGCAUAGAAAGACCGUCAAAUGGACACCAGGUUCUUGGACCGCCGGCAGGAGCAGCUUACCGGCUCAUCUCCAUGCUCGAGCUAGUGCCUCAGGCUUUCAAUUUUUGUAGAGAUGCCGGGCUUCAGAACUGA